AUGCUGAAGCUACAAAUCUCACAAACCGUCCCUCUUCCCCGACUACUCCGCCGUCUCUGCACCAUUUCCGGCGGCGGAUUCACUCUCAAUCUCCCGAAACUCGAGCCUUCAAGCGACGCCGAACUAAUAUCACAAAUCCUCGUCACUAAUCACAACCCUUUCCACUUUAUGGAAUCAUCUCUGCAACUCCAUGGCGUCACUCUCUCUCCCGACCUCAUCCACCAAACCCUCCUUCGUCUCCGUCACAAUUCCAAAAUCGCCCUUUCCUUCUUCCAGUAUCUACGAUCCUUACCCUCUCCUUCCACUACAACCCUUAUUUCCUUCAACCUCAUCAUCGACAUUCUCGGAAAAGUUCGUCAGUUCGACGUCGUUAGGCAGCUAAUCGUCGAGAUGGAGCAGCAGCAAAACAGCGUUAAACCUUCUCCGGAGACAUUUCUCAUCCUCGUCAAGCGUUUAAUCGCCGCCGGGCUCACUCGGCAAGCUCUGCGCGCUUUCGACGAUGCGCCUUGUUUCCUCGAGAAUCAGAAUCGCCUCGGUGUAGACGAAUUCGGAUUUCUCCUUGACACGCUCUGUAAAUACGGAUACACGAAAAUGGCGGUUGGGGUUUUCAAUCAACGGAAAGCCGAGCUUGGGUUCAACGACAAGACCUAUACGAUUUUGAUUGCUGGGUGGUGUAAGCUCAGGAGGAUCGACAUGGCGGAGAGAUUCAUGGCGGAGAUGAUUGAAUCAGGGAUCGAGCCAAACGUCGUCACCUAUAACGUUCUGCUCAAUGGGAUUUGUCGGACGGCGAGUUUGCACCCGGAGGAGAGGUUUGAGAGGAACGUGAGAAACGCGGAGAAGGUGUUCGACGAAAUGCGUCAAAGAGGUAUAGAACCUGACGUCACGAGUUUCUCGAUCGUGCUACACAUGUACAGUCGAGCUCACAAAUCUGAGCUGACUCUUGAUAAGCUGAAACUGAUGAAGGCGAAAGGGAUCAGUCCUACAUUGGAAACAUACACAUCAGUUGUGAAAUGUCUCUGUUCUUGUGGUAAGCUGGAGGAAGCAGAAGCGUUGCUUGAAACAAUGGUGGAGACUGGGAUAAGCCCUUCAUCUGCGACUUACAAUUGCUUCUUCAAAGAAUACAGAGGUAGAAAAGAUGCUAACGGGGCAAUGAACCUGUACAGGAAAAUGAGGAACGGGUUGUGCAAGCCGAACACGCAGACGUACAAUGUUCUCUUGGGUACGUUUAUCAAUUUGGGGAAGAUGGAGACUGUGAAAGAAGUAUGGGAUGAUCUUAAAGAAAGUGAAACGGGUCCGGAUUUGGACUCGUAUACAUCAUUGGUUCAUGGGUUGUGUAGCAAGGAGAAGUGGAAGGAGGCUUGUGGGUACUUUGUUGAGAUGAUAGAGAAGGGUUUCUUGCCGCAGAAGCUAACUUUUGAGACGCUCUAUAAAGGAUUAAUACAGUCUAAUAAGUUGAGGACUUGGAGGAGGUUGAAGAAGAAACUCGACGAGGAAUCUAUUACCUUCGGAUCUGAGUUUCAGAGAUAUCCUUUUGAGCCUUACAAGAGAUGA